GACGACGGUCGACUCAGUGCAGACCACACCACCCGGUUCCGGCGGCGGUUUUUUUUUUUCUUUCGCUCCGCGCCCCCCGACGUACGCGCUUUCAAAUAGAGUCGAAAACAUUAUAUUUUCGCUGCUCCUCCGUUUGCCUAACGACAACGGCCGCGUUGCGCCGGCACGACGACCGCGGCAGACAACGCGAUCCCGUCGCAUCCACAACCGCCGUUGAGGCCCCAACACGUACGUAACGUAUCCACCGUCGGUCGUCGACCAGCUUUAUCAUCUCGCCGUAACCGCUUCAGCCGGACGAAACGGGUUCGGCCCGCGACACGUCGGACAGUACGCGCCGCACAGCCGUCGCCGUCAUCUCGGGUCGCGCGUCAUAACGCCGUGCGUGUUUCCGCUGUGUCGUCGAGUUUCGCAGCACGAAAGAGGCCCGUGGUCGCGCAGAAGCCCGUAGGUAUAAACCGUGUAUCGUACGAGUACGGCGGUCGUCGAAUAGCGGUGGUAGUAGUGGUCAUCGUAGUGCGGUGCACAGUUAAUGUUCUAUCGCCGUGGGCUCCGAUCGUAAAACACAGUCGAACGUGUACACAUGUGCCAGGAAAACGUUUUGCCGCCGACUUACGGGACUACUAUGUGCCAGCAGUUGAAAAUGAAAACGAAAAGGAAAUGCUUCAGGAAAUCCGAGUUACCGAUGCCCAAAGAGAUGAGAGAGAGGAGCAGAAAUGCGGCGAGGACACGUAGGGAGAACGAGAACGCCGAAUUCCUAGAGCUUGCCAAACUCUUGCCGUUACCGUCGGCCAUCACCAGCCAGUUAGAUAAAGCCUCGGUAAUCCGGUUGACCACGAGCUAUUUGAAAAUGAGGCACGUCUUUCCAGACGGUUUGGGAGACGCGUGGGGUGCAGUGACUCCACCGAAUCACGUCAAAGAUGCUUGCAUCAAAGAGCUCGGUUCAUAUUUACUACAGAGUCUUGAUGGCUUUAUAUUCGUCGUAGGCGGCGAUGGAAAGAUCAUGUAUAUAUCUGAAACAGCGUCAGUCCACUUGGGAUUAUCACAGGUGGAAUUAACUGGAAACAGUAUAUUUGAAUAUAUUCAUCAAUCUGAUCACGAUGAAAUGAUAUCAGUACUGAGUCCGCAUCAUCCACCUCCAAACCUACCUUCGGAAAACAUGAUGUUGAAUUCCAAUGUGUUUGAACUUCAACGUGUAUUUUUCUUGCGAAUGAAAUGUGUGUUGGCGAAAAGGAACGCAGGGCUUACUACAGGAGGAUACAAGGUUAUACACUGUUCUGGUUACCUUAAAGUGAGACAAUAUCCAGGAUUAGAGACUGUUGGCCUAGUGGCCGUUGGUCAUUCAUUACCUCCACACGCAAUUACCGAAAUUAAAUUACACUCAAAUAUGUUCAUGUUUCGAGCGAGCUUAGACUUGAAACUUAUAUUUUUAGACGCUAGGGUGUCUCAGCUGACGGGCUACGAACCUCAAGACCUAAUAGAAAAAACCCUCUAUCAUUAUAUUCACGGUAAUGAUAUCCAUAACAUGAGACUUUCGCAUCAUACUCUGCUAUUAAAAGGCCAAGUCACGACCAAGUACUAUAGGCUGUUGGCCAAAGACGGUGGAUGGGUGUGGGUUCAGAGUUACGCAACCAUAGUCCACAACAGUAGAUCUUCAAGACCUCAUUGCAUAGUUAGCGUCAACUACGUAUUAAGCGAGUCCGAGAUGAAAGACGUGUGUCUGUCCGUGUGCAACAACAGUAGCGCAAUGUCGCAGAACGGCAACGAAGAUGCGGCGACCGUUCAAAACAAACCGACCAAAGCGCAACAAAACCAAAGGCAAUCGAAUCAAAAUCACAGGUACCACAGGCCACCGGUGGUGACCGACGAGGAGUACAGCGAUUCCAGCGGCGGACUUUACAACGACUACGUGAGCAACAACAGCGAACCGCAGUCGCUGGUCAACGGAGGCGGUCAUCACCACCAUCACCCAAACAUGAUGCCGAACAACAUGUACACGGUCGAGGAGUACAUCUACCCGGAUCUGUUCUACCCUUACGACCAGACAUGCGCGCGGCCGUUCAGCUCGGGUUCCAGCUGUUCCAGCUCGAACGAGAGUGACCGAAUGCUGGCGCAUCAGGCCGGCGCGGGCGGUUACACGCCACCGGCGGCCAUGCUGAUGGCCGCGGCCGGCCACGACGAUCAGCACGCAGUCGCGGCGGCCGCUUACCAGACGCUGACGCCCGUGGGAGCCGCGACCGCCACGACCACGGCCGCCGCGCCGGUCGGCCACCAUCAUCACCACCACGGCGUGAUCGUGGACACCCAACACUACGCCGUCGUCAACGAGUACGUGCACUGAUGGCCGUCACCGCCGCCGCCGCCGAGAGGUCGUCCGGAGGACGCGUUCGGCACCACUUACGACGCGACCGACCGGCGUGAGAGAUGGACGUGAGGAACGUAUUUAUCGUUCGUUCCUUACGCGCGCACCAUACAACCGAGGUCGUUCGACAUGACAUCCGCUUGCGUGUGUGUUCUGCGUCAAAUGGCUCACGCGCAGUGGCACUCGGAACACUUAUAGGGACAGGCGAAUGUGCAUCCGCGUCGUAAACGUCUUAGAUAUCCGUAUAGUUCUUAUAAAAACACAUGUGUUUAUCAACGACGAACAAUUAUUUUAUUAAAAUAUCACGCGUUCCUUCCAUUAUACGUUUCAUUCUAAGCCUAGAGGUGAGCGCGCCCCAUCGUUCCAUCCCGUCUAUGUUUUCCGCCCAAAUCUGUAUAACUCAUCAACUCUUUUACGAUAUAACAAUACGGACAGGAUCGCGUACCUGUAUAUCGUACACGGGCACUGUCGACGCCCGCUUUCGUAUAUAAUAUAAUAUUCUUAUAACGAUGAACGAUGAUGUUAACGGCCCGACUCGUACGCCGAGGCCGUUGUUUUUGAUUCGAAACAUCGAUGUUUGGUAUCCGGAUAUACUGCAAGAACUCGAUGGAGAGAUGAAGAGAUUUACAUAUAAAUGUAGAGAGAAAAAGAGAUUUGACGGAAACGUUUCGAUCGCACAUCAUGUUAAAACGUUUUUCCGGACAUCUCGUCCACCCCAGUGUUGUAUAUUCUGUUCCAAUAAUGAUAAUUUAUGUAGCAGCGGAUGAUAAAUACUGUACAUACACCUUGCGAUGACAAUAUAUUUCUCGUUUUCGAUCAUACUAUUGCAUUUAUCUAGAUUUGAUGUAAUAUAAUGUAAUGUAUCGUAACGCACAUAAAUACUAAGCAGAACAUGAUAAUAUAAUUAUGUGUUUAUAAUAUGCGUAUUCCUGUUAACCGUGUAGAUUGUUUAUUAUUUAUUUGUACAUAAUCCACGUAAUAUUAUAUACAACGUGAAAA